AGAUAUCGUUGACGUACGCCGCCGCAGUUGUCAGUUGUUCGUCGGCUCAAACUGCCGGACCGACAGGCGAAGACAAUAUAAAUAAUCACCGGCUGAAUCCAGAACCUUUUUAACAGGGAACCUUUGAACGAGAAGUCCCAAAACUUGGAUUCGGCUGAUGAUCGUUUUAAAAAACUGAAACCGAAGCGAAAAUAAUUAACUUUACUGAACCAUUCCUUGGAAUAUAUGUAAACAGAAAUAACUCCGGUACGUUUCGAAAAAUCAGCUGUGGAGAUCCCAAAGAAGUUGUCGCCAUGGGAUGGUCGCGCCAUCAUAGAGACGUUGUAGUGGAGGCUUACUUCAAGAAUAACGAGUCUAUUGCUAAAACGCAAACGGCGUUUCGCAAAUAUUUUGAUUUGGACGGAGACGAUGCUGUUCCAAAUCGAAAAACGAUAUUGCUUUGGACUUUAGGAUUACGCCAAACUGGAUCUGAGCCGAAGAAGAAGCCUCCCGAACAUCCUAAGAAUGUUAAAACACCAGAAAGGAACGCUGAAGAGCAGGAUUCGAUUGAAAAGUUGCCAUCGCGUUCAACACGGAAACAUGAUGUAGAUUUUGGGAUUUCCGUUAGAAGUCCGGGACGAAUUUUUAACGAUGACGUUCUACAAAAGGAAGAAGAGAUCCACAUGGAGAAUGUGGUGGUAAUUUCACCGCCACCCGUAACGAACGGAUCUAACACAGAAUCGAAUGUUUCAGACGAUGAUUCUGAAAGCAUCAUUUUAGAUCUUCAUGUUUCUGACGAUUCAAAAGACACGCUUCAAGAAGUUUCGGAAGAAGACAUCCUCAAUAAAUACAUCGCGGAUGAUGACGAAGAAAUGAUCGGAAACAAAUUAAUCGAUCGUGCAUCAACGGAUGAAGUUGAAGAAAAGGAAUCUCGUGAUGUUAAAAAUGGAACCGACCUAAAUAACAUCAAUAAUCAAGAAAAGAUAAAAACUAAAAAGACUGGUGCUGGUGAUGAUGAUCAUCACAACACUAAAUCCACUAAAUCUAUAAAAUUAGGAUUAGAAAAUGAAAAAACUAUUGAUGAUAAUACCAUUAACUGCCAAUUAAAUGAAAAUGAAGAGGAUAAGACUGAAAAUAAUAUUGAUGAUGAUAAGUCAAAAAAUGAUGCAGAAACUACAACUAAUAAUAGUAGUGAAAAUAAAAAAGUAGAUGAUGAAAAUCAAGAAGAUGGAGAUUUACUUCAAGUAAUGGAAACGUCGUUUGUUGAUGAACAAGAAAAGGAUGAUGCAAGCAGCUCGAGUGAAAAAGAAGAAAAUGGAAAAGAUGAUGAUAAUAUUAGGAAAGAUGAUGAAGAAAUAACCGAUGAAACUAAUUCAAAUAAUGAAGAGAUUAAUUCAAAUAAUGAAGAAACGAAUUCAAACAAUGAAGAAAUGAAUACAAAUAAUGAAGAAAUGAAUUCAAAUAAUGAAGAAAUUAAUUCAAAUAAUGAAGAAAUGAAUUCAAAUAAUGAAGAAAUGAAUUCAAAUAAUGAAGAAAUGAAUUCAAAUAGCGAAGAAAUGAAUUCAAAUAGCGAAGAGAUUAGUUCAAAUAAUGAAGAAAUUAGUUCAAAUAUUGAUGAUAUUAAUUCAAAUAAUGAAGAAAGUAAUACAAGUAAUAAAGAAAUGAUUAGAAAUAAAAAAAAUCUUAGAAAUAAAAAAGAAAGAACUAGAAAUAAUAAAGAAAAUAUUAGAACUAAUAAAGAAAAAAAUAAAAAAGUAGAAAAACCUGAAGAUGUUUCAAAAAAUACCGAAACAAUCGAUGAAAAUUCAAAUCAAGAAUCAAAAGACGUCGAUAAUGAACUAGAAAAAACCAGCGAAAUUAAUCAAAUUAACGGCGAUUUAGAUCAAAAUCAAGAAAAUAUUGAAAAUCAAAUCGAUAAAGAUAUAGAUGGUGAUCAAAAUGAUGAGUGUGCGAUGGAUAUUGAAGAGAAUAACGUUGGUGGUGUUAUCAUUUUGGAUGGUAGUGAUGAAAUGCGCGCUAAAUUAAUGAAAGGUUAUGAAGGUGAUUCGAAAAAUGUUGAAAGUGAUUCUGAUAAAGCAAUUAAAAGUGAUGAUUCUAAAGAUAACCUAGGCGAAUCUGAUAAUGUUAAUGCAACAAAUAAAACGUUUGAGUUCACCACCACUGAUGAUGACAAAAAUGAUAUCAAAAGUGUUUUGUUUAAUGAAAAUGUUAAAAGUGAUAAUACCGAAUUGAAGAAAAUAACCAAGCGCCAACUACCCGAUGAUUUUGAAACGGAACAAGAUGAAGCGAAGAAAAUGAAAUUAGAUCAAAACGCAAUUAAAAAGAAAUCAGAAACUGUCAAAUUGAAGGCGCUAAACUCGUUUAAAGCAUACAUGAAAGACGAAGCUUUGAAGAACAUGACGAGGGCCCAAUUGGAAGAGUUUUGUUUGCAAAAGACGUGCGAAUGUCUCGUUGAUAAAAGUGAGUUGGCAGAUUUACGUCAAAAAAUACGUACGCUCGAACAAACCAUCGAGCAAUAUCGAAGAGAAUCGGUUACGAUUGCGAAUCAAACUAGAGAUUUAAAGAUUGUUCACGAAAAAGUUACGGCCGCUUUGAAAGUUGCGAAGGAACAAAAAAGUAAACCGUUGGUGCCAGUUAAAAUUACAAGAUCGGUCGGUUUACAAGCUGUGCUCGAUCAGCAUAAUCGACAGACCCGUAUAAAUGGGGUUAUACAAAAUGGAAAAAACAUUAAUUGUAAUAAUAAUAAUAUAAAUAAUGUGAAUAAUGUACAAAAUGUGAAUAAGAAUAAUAAUAAUGUUACAAGUACUGUUACUAAUAAUAAUUUAAAUAAUAUAAGAUCUCCCGGAAAAACUCAACAAAGUGUUAUUCAAAGCACCAGGCUAACAAACUUACAACAUAGAUCCCCAUCGCAACCGACUGGCAAUGUUAAACAAACAAUUCUUAAUAAACAACUUGCACAAAAAGAGAAUCGUCAAACUACUCUCAUUCAAGCACAAGUUAACGGAAAAAAACCAGCAGAUACCGCAAAAGCUGUAAUCGAUUUAACAGACGAAGAUGAAAAGAUCUCUAAUAGUCCCAAUAAAACAGUUAGAACUAACGGACAAGCUACAAAAAAUGCUUCGUUGGUGACAACACAAACCGGAACUAAAGUUAUGGUGAUUCCUUCAACCGUCCUAACAAGGCCAGUCAUGUUAAAAGUUAAUCCAAACGUAAUAUCUAAAACGACUAAUAUAACAAUCCCCACAAGUCAAGUAUCUGUAGUAACGCAAUCCCCAACAACGCAGAUAGCAACAACACAAUCGGUUGUAACAAAAUUAACCCCAAUUCGUCCAGCAACGACCCCUCAACCAACAAAUCCCCAAACUACGAGAUCACCCGUACAAAGAGUUCGACAAAGUUCAUCCCCACUUCCACCACCACCACCGGAUCAACACCAUCCUGGAAGAAUGGUACCACCUAAACCUCAUUUAAAUUUAACUAAAUCACCCUGCGGAACGGGUAUAGUUUUACAAUGGAAAAUGCCGUAUCAAUUAAGUAUGUUCGAUGCAAUAGUUAGUUAUCAAUUGUAUGCGUAUCAAGUGCCGAAAGCUAACCAAAAAACGGACGGUUGGGGUAAAAUCGGUGACGUUAAAGCUUUGGAACUUCCCAUGGCGGUUACGUUAACGCAAUUCGCCGUUGGUUAUCGGUAUUAUUUCGCGGUAAGGGCCGUUGAUUCACAUCAAAGGGUAGGAUUAUUUAGUGAACCUCAAACUAUUACAUUGUAAAUAUAUUGUAAAUCAAUUUCUGAAUGGUAAUGUGUACAUUUCUUUCGCUAGAUUUAAAAUUUAAGGAUGAAUUAUUGUGUAUAAAGAAGCUGUAUUUGUUCGAUUUAUUUUAUUAACUUUUUUUUUAGUAAUUUUGAUUGGAUUAAGUAAAUUAAAUGAGAAAGACAGUGUUUUGUAUUUGAGAUAAAUUGUAAUAUACGAGAAAAUGUAAAAAAAAAUACGGUAAGCGUCGAUAUCAUCUAACUUCAAAAGAAGGUUAAUUAAUAAACAUUUAAAAUGCCGAAAUAUAAGGACUUACGUUUA